UGCAUUCUGUGAAUCUUCAAUUCUCAUCCGUGUUGUAUCCCAUCAACUUUCCAGAACAACAGUUCCCGACAACAGGUUGUUAUUAUCAGGAUAAUAUGUGCUCACAAUUGAAGAUGAAGUACAUCUGCUCCAUCGCAUGUAUAUUCUUCAUCUUAGCGGCAUUAGCAAAUUCAGCGCCGGCUUAUGGUGAUAUGAAUAAUAAUAUCCGGGAACUGCUAGAUGCUCUCUACCAACGUGAUAUGCUCUACGACAGGUUCAAUGGGAUUCACCAGGUGGAGCGAAAAGCAGGAAGAUCACCGUCCCUCAGGCUCCGUUUCGGUCGUAGGUCAGAUCCCGAACUCUCGCCCGGUGUGGCUUUCCUAAUGGCUCAACAACCAGAUGACAAUUAAUGGAAACAGAAUUCUCAAUACAACUGGGUUAUUUUUCUGAAAAAUUGUUCGAUAAACAUAAAUUAAUUAGUUUUUCAUAUCUAUGUCUAUAAUUAUUAUUUAUUAUAUAUAUAUUUCGUGGAAUUGGCGAACAAUAAAGAAACUUUGGUAUUUCUCAA